AUGACACACACACGGCAUUGUUCCUUUCAGGCGCUCCGUUCGGGGCUCAAGGCGCUGCGAGCACUGGGGAUCAAUGGCAUCUGUGUGGACGUGUAUUGGGGUAUUGUGGAGGGUGUACGGCCGCGGGAGUACGACUGGUCGUCGUACAAGCAGCUGCUUGCCCUCAUUCGCGACGAGGGCUUCAUGGCGCAGGUUUGUUUGUGUUUUCACGGGAACGAUAUGGUCCCGCUGCCCUCCUGGGUUGCGGAGGCGGGGAGAGCCAACCCCGACAUAUACUACACAGACAAGGAGGGGGUCCGCUGCCCGGAGUUUGUGACACUGGGUGCGAAUGAGGUGCCUGUGUUGGCCGGCCGCACCCCCCUGGAGUGCUACCGGGACCUGAUGACGUCAUUCCGGCGGGAGAUGGGGCCCCUGCUGGGCAGCACCAUUUUGGAUGUGCUGAUUGGUCUGGGCCCCGACGGCGAGCUCAAGUACCCGGCCCAACCCCUCCGAGGCAAGCAGUGGACCUUUCCUGGAGUGGGGGAGUUCCAGUGUUACGACAAAUACAUGUUGUCAUGUCUCCGCGCCUGCGCCCAGCAAGUCAAUGAGCCCUCCUGGGGACUGCGGGGGCCGCACGACGCGGGCUCGUACAACGUCUGGCCGCAUCAAACAGGCUUCUUCCAUCAGAGGGGAAAUUGGAACAGCCCGUACGGCAAGUUUUUCCUGCAGUGGUACGGCGACAUGCUGCUGCAGCACGCCGAUGAUGUCCUUGGGAUUGCACGGCAAGUACUGCUAACGACUGGGCCGCCGCCGCCGUCCCUGCCGGGCGUGGCGCUUCCUAGUCUAUCCUGGUGGUACGGCACCGCGUCACAUGCUCCAGAGCUUACGGCAGGGUACUUCAAUACGGCAACCCGGGAUGGCUACCUGCCGGUGAUGCAUGUUCUCUCUCGCAACGGUGUGAGUGUACGACUGCGUGGCGGUGAACUAAGAAGCCGGGAAAUGCACCCACAGGCGUGUUGCGACCCGGAGCGGCAGCUGACCCAGCAGCGCACGGUGGCGGCUGCUCUGCGUGUGUCCGUGGGGUUGGAGAACUGCUGGGAGCGGUUCGACGAGGGGGCGCUGGGGCGGCUGGAGGGGGUGCUGUUCGAGACGGGGUUGGUCCAGUCCCUGGUAUUCAACCGGCUGUGUGACUCCAUGUUCGAGCCGGGGAACUGGACUCGCUUCAAGGACUUCGUAAAGAGGGUCAGGAGCAGGGCGGAGACGCGAGUGGGGCCCUCGUUGGGGCGGUGCGGCAGCAGCAGCAGCAGCAGUAGCGGCGGCGGGGGCAGUCAAGCAGGGGUCUAUCUUCCGGCGACGGCGGCAGCGGCCGGUUCGUGGGCCGUUUCGGAGUCCACCGUUGCGGGUAGCAACGGUAACAACGGAAACAGCAACGGAAACGGAGGAGGCGCUGAGGGUGGCGGGGCCGGUGGUGGGGGGAGUCUGUCUGGCGGUGCGGGGGGGAGCACUAGCGGUGCACUGCAGCUGGCGUGA